AUCCACAUGCCGCCUCCCUCCCACUUCCAAACGAGCAACAGAAAUCUCCCACGGCGCGUGGACAGCCUAAAGGCCACCAAGGGCCCCUACUUCGCCGAGCUUGACGAUGAACUACGAGACGUGAAACGCGUGCACGCCCAAGGGCAGGAGGAGGACCUGCGGUACGCCCUGAAUAAAACGAUUACCAGGGUAGAAGAACUGACGGCAAUGCUAAAGGAGGCAUACAAGGCACAGACAGACCUCCAAACCGAGCUCACGCUCGCCAAAUCGAAUCUCUCUCUCGCGCUCGCGAACAACGAGAUGCUCGAGGACGCGCUCAAGCGCGACCCCGGCUCCUCCCGCGACGUCGGCUGGCGGCGCAUGAGUGCGCGCGAGCAGAGCCUGAAGGCCGAGGCCGAGGCCGACCGCAGACGCAGCAGCGACUCCCUCGCCUCCGCCGAGCUGUCAAGUGCCUCCCCCACAUUCCCGCACCCGCAGCCGUCACCCUCCCCACACCCCGAGCUCUCGCCGAUGCCACCGCGGUCCGCGACCGUGCCCUCGCCCGCACCGGGCUCCGAGAACCGAUUCUUCCGAUUUAGAUUCGGGAACGGGACUACGCCGUCUACCAGCCACCCGUCCUCGCCGCGCAUGUCGGGUGCGGCGUCCCCGAGCUUGAAUGGUUCGCAUUUGACUUCGGCGUCAUUACCGUCGCUCGUGCCGGCGAAGGACUACGAGAAGGAGGUGGAGGACCUGCACAACCAGUUGGACAAGGAGAAGAAGGCAUACAAGGACGCGUGCGAGGCGAAGACCGCGCUCGAGUCCGAGCUCGAGUCGCUCUCACAAGCGCUCUUUGAGGAGGCAAAUAAGAUGGUCGCUACGGAACGACGUAAGCUGGCGGAGACGGAAGAGGCGCUACGUGAAGCCCGAGAGCAGGGCGAAGCGCUGAAGAACGUCCUGCGCCUCUUCGAACGCGACGGGGCGCGGUCGAGCUCGUCUUCCGAGAGCCCACGCCCGUCGCAGUCGGUCGGUGUCAUACGAUCGCGUCAUCGCGCAACGUCGUCCGCCGUGGGCAUCAAGUCGCUCCCCACCUCCGGCGCAGCUACCCCGCGCUCGCGUCCCGCAUCGCCUGCGCUACCGUCGAGCGAGCUGCCGUCGUCAGCCUCGACCGUCGGUGCCCACUCGACAACUCCCAGGCUACUCGUGGACGACGAUGGGGAUGGGGAUGGGGAUGGCGACACGACCGUCGUGGCGUCGUCCGACGACAAGCCCGAGCAGGAGUCCACAGGCCCAUUGUCCGGGACGCCCCUGCAGACAUCACCAGAGGCCUCCCGUUCUCCGACACCGUCACCAGACCCGUCGCCCUCGUCCGGCCCUGGCCAAUACCUCUUCGGCAAAGCGCGACCGGUAGACUAUUUCGACGGCGAAGUGUCCCCCUGGGCAGACGCAACGUCUGCGACGUCCCCACGGGCCUCAUAGCGCGCCACUCCUUUCUCCCAGCUCUGAGUUCUCCGUGUUGUCACCUUUGGAUAUCCCCCCGCAAUGAUUACCUUCCGCACCCG